GGGGGAGCGAGCAGAAGGGAGCCGCGGCCGGUCCAGCUGAGGCUGCCGAGGGCACCUCCCACUGGGGCCCCGGGGCCCCCUACCAGGCGAAGCUUUGUCAGCUGCCAGGAUCUCCAGCCGGGAUGCACUUCAGCACCGUCACCAGGGACAUGGAAGCCUUCACGGCCAGCAGCCUGAGCAGCCUGGGGGCCGCGGGGGGCUUCCCGGGCGCCGCGUCGCCCGGUGCCGACCCAUACGGCCCGCGUGAGCCCCCGCCGCAGCGCUACGACCCGUGCGCCGCCGCCGCCCCCGGCGCCCCCGGCCCCCAGCCGCACGCCUACCCGUUCGCGCCGGCCGCGGGGGCCGCCACCAGCGCCGCCGAGCCCGAGGGCCCCGGGGCCAGCUGCGCGGCCGCCGCCAAGGCGCCAGUGAAGAAGAACGCGAAGGUGGCCAGCGUGAGCGUGCAGCUGGAGAUGAAGGCGCUGUGGGACGAGUUCAACCAGCUGGGCACCGAGAUGAUCGUCACCAAGGCCGGCAGGCGAAUGUUCCCCACGUUCCAAGUGAAGCUCUUCGGCAUGGAUCCCAUGGCGGACUACAUGCUGCUCAUGGACUUCGUGCCAGUGGAUGACAAGCGCUACCGGUACGCCUUCCACAGCUCCUCCUGGCUGGUGGCUGGGAAGGCGGACCCCGCCACGCCGGGCCGCGUGCACUACCACCCGGACUCGCCUGCUAAGGGCACACAGUGGAUGAAACAAAUCGUGUCCUUCGACAAGCUCAAGCUGACCAACAACCUGCUGGACGACAACGGCCACAUCAUUCUCAACUCCAUGCACAGAUACCAGCCCCGAUUCCAUGUGGUGUAUGUGGACCCACGCAAAGACAGUGAAAAAUAUGCGGAGGAGAACUUCAAAACCUUUGUGUUCGAGGAGACCCGCUUCACGGCGGUCACUGCCUACCAGAACCACCGGAUCACGCAGCUCAAGAUUGCCAGCAAUCCCUUCGCCAAAGGCUUCCGGGACUGCGACCCUGAGGACUGGCCCCGGAACCACCGGCCCGGCGCGCUGCCGCUCAUGAGCGCCUUCGCUCGCUCGCGGAACCCCGUGGCCUCCCCCACGCAGCCCAACGGCGCGGAGAAAGACGCGGCCGAGGCCCGGCGAGAAUUCGAGCGCGACGCGGGCGGCCCGGCCGUGCUCGGGGACCCGCCGCACCCGCCGCAGCUGCUGGCCCGGGUGCUGAGCCCCACGCUGCCCGGGGCGGGUGGCGCGGGCGGCCUCCUCCCGCUGCCCAGCGCGCCCGGCGGCCGGCCCAGCCCCCCGCACCCCGAGCUGCGCCUGGAGGCGCCGGGCGCGUCGGAGCCGCUGCACCACCACCCUUACAAGUACCCGGCUGUCGCCUACGACCACUACCUCGGGGCCAAGAGCCGGCCGGCGCCCUACCCGCUGCCCGGCCUGCGCGGCCACGGCUACCACCCGCAUGCGCACCCGCACCACCACCACCACCCCGCCGUGAGCCCGGCUGCCGCCGCCGCCGCCGCCGCCGCUGCCGCCGCCGCCAACAUGUACUCGUCGGCCGGGGCCGCGCCGCCCGGCUCCUACGACUACUGCCCCAGAUAACCGCUAGCGCUCCGCUCGCGCAGCGACCAGGGCCGCGAGGAACAUGUGCCCCCAGCCCAGGGCCGGCCGGUCUCCUGUCCCAACUUCCAGGCCGCCGGGGUUUUCCACCCUCCGGCCCCAGGGCCACCGAAGUAUCCGGUUUCCUAGUCCCCGGAGCCGCCUCGGGUCCUUCCCCGGCCCGAGGGCCACGGAGUCCCCAGCCCUCCAGUGCCAAAGUCCCGGUCAGAGGCGGAAGGAAGUGGUAUUUAUUGUUCUCCCCGAGACUGCGUGGCCCGCGGUCCGCCGGCAGUUGCAGUGUAGAUCCGAGAGUCCCGCCUGCAGGCGGUGUAGAUACGUGUAGAUAUGUGUAGAUACUGUAGAUACCGCGCCGGCGCCAACUUGAUAAACGGUUUCGCUUCUUUUGGAA